AAUAAUCCCUCUCCUGUUUUCUUUUGUGCGUCCUGAACCUGGAAAAUUGCUACCUUCUUCACACUUCAGCUCCCAGCUAGAAUAUCAACAUCUCACACCAGCUGUCAAAAUAAAUGAAUGAAAUAAGAAAGGAGGCACGAGCAGCCUUAAAUAGAUGCACCGCAUAUUUAGAGACUUAUCUAGAGAUAAGUGCCCCUUAAAGACCAUGAAGUUUAUAUGUUCGCUCUGAACAUGUGUUUUGGGAUGAAAGGGGUGCUUUCUCUCUGCGCUGGUCUUGUAUGCCCUGUACAGACAGGCUGUAAUCAACAGGGACUUAAUUAGAGAGGACUCAGUGGGAGGCAGAGGAGUCUUGGGACUCGCCCCACCAAGUACAGAAAUACCCAUUUCCCUAUAACAUGGGACUGAUGUAUUUACUGCAACGUCUUUGCAGGGAGUUUUAAAGCAGAAAGCUCAGACUGUCUUGUGCUCGCCAGGUCAAUGAGUCCAACUUUGAAUGAAUCAACACACAUUGUGGUAAAUAACACUUUCAUACAAAAUGAAGUGACCCUCUCUAGAAACAGUUUAGCAUUGCCCUUAUGUCUGAGAAAAUAUGUAUAGAAUCACUGCCACAUGGCUCUUCCUCUAUAAUAACUUCCCACUAUAAAAAAAAGUGCACAGUAAAAGAAGUCCAAUCCCAAAUGGACAAAAGUGCACGAGGAUGAAGACUGGGAGGGUGAAAUAGAGGGAGGAGAAGCUGAAAAGAGAGGGAUGGACAUCAUUUUGCAGUGUGUAGACUUUUUAGAGCUCUGUAAAAAAAGAAAACUGUUACUAUAACGUAGCAGGGAGGGCGAAUGCUCGGAAACUGUCUUUCACGUUUACUUUCCUCUCGUCGCUUUGUCUCCACAUUAUUUCCCUCUCCUCCGUCUGCACUGCAUUGUGCUCAUCAGAAGAUAAACCCAGGAAACAACACUCUGACUCAGAAGAGAGGAUGAAGUCCUGUUGGGUUUUUCUUGUCACCUGUGUGACCCUGCUCUCACUGUGGUGUGGUGUGUGUCACGCCACGCCUCUGUUCUACAACAUAUCCAUGGACGGCAGUGGUGAUGAAGCGGAGCUGGAACUCCUUUUUCCAACCUCUUUCUCCACUCGAGCGCCUGUUCUCAUCACCGCUUCUACUGGAGCUCCCACCCUCACCAACACCAUCACCACCACCAUGAUCCGUCUGAAGGACUUCGUCUUGACCCGAGUAGUGGACUUCCUGCAGGAGAAUCUGCUCAUCAUCAUUGUUGUGACCUCUCUUCUCAUUGUCAUGGUCUUCAUCAUCUGCUGUGCCUCUGCAAUGAGUCAGAAGCGCAAGCUGGAGGCCUACAAACCCCUUCCUAAUUCACCCAGGAAGAAUGCGGCUGAUAAAACCGGCGGACGCAAGAAUUCAAGCGAGCUCCAGGACAGGCCGUUUGUCGCUGUCGACCACGUCAAGAGGGUCCAGACUCAGAGCAUGGCAUCCCCCAAGAACCUGCGCACGCCCUCCAAGGCUCUGGUGGGAGAGAAGGGGAGGGACGUCAGGUCGUCGCCUCGCCAAGAGGUCAGGAAGGUCAGGGAGGCAGAGGAGGUAGAAAAGCGGAGAGAGGAGCCCAAGCACAAAGAGCAGCAGCCCAAGCACAGGGAGGAGGUGCAGCCGAGCUCCAAUCAGCCAGCCUGCACCUGCCAUCUGAAAAAAGCCCACCACUAGGGCAUGUUCAGGGCUGAUUGAAUGGUAUAAUAGAUGAAAUGUUGCAACCAUGACAUAAAAACGAGAUCAGAAAGGUUGGUUCAAAUCAGAAAUACCACUUUACAACUGCUAUCAAGAAAUAUAUUUGUGAGGCUGGUGCCCUUCCAUGAAAAAACAUCAACAUCUUUAAAUACUUUAAUCUAAGUGAAAUGAAAAUAUGAACUAUCUGAUGUAUUAUCUGAAGUAAAAAGCCAGCAGGAUAGAAGAUAUGUGACUAGAAAUUAAAAUACUCAAGUGGGUUGCUGCAUAAAUCGUAUGAAUAAAUGUUGCACCUCAAAGAGUUCGAUUCAUACAGAUAUUAAAAAGUCAACACUUGAUACCAGGUGAUGUGGGAAAUAAAUGGCUGAUUUCUUUGAAAGCAGCUGCCUUUGAAAUUCAAACUGGCUCAGUGGUUUGUCUGUCAUCAUGUACUGCAAAGACCUUAGUCCUACAGUGGUCAACCACUAUUUAAUCAGUGAUUACCACAGAGUCUCAACUGCCUGAUCUCACAUCACUGCUGUUGAAGUAGCAUCACUUGAAAGGUGACAUUUUUAGUUUUUUUUAGUGGAGAAAGACAAGAAAACAUUAUUUUAAAGAGAAAAACAAUGGGCAGCCUGUAAUCGCUUCCGAAUAGAAAUGAAACAAAAAAAGUAUCCAUGUGUUUUUAAUCAAGAGAUUUAUUACUCCAUAUGCCUGCCAAGACAGAGGAACCUCCUCGGUACGUCCUGCUGUACGCCAUGACAUCUUUUUAAGCAGCUAAGAGACUUGGCUGAACCGCUCUGUCGUGUAGAGAAAACUCUUUGCUGCUGUAAAUAAUGCACAGGGAGAUGCCAGUAUACUUGAGAGGUAACAAAAGGUUCUAUAAGUAUAUUUACAUUCAUAUUUACCUAAUUGUGUUUGCAUAAUGUUAUUUUAUGUCAUCUCAUUUUGUAUUUUACUUAAGAGAACCCAAAUUCACAAAGCUUUACACCAAAAGUACAAUUUGCAACUGUGUUAUUUCUGGGAAGCUGAAGUAAAAACACACGUCAAACAUUAAAAGCAGGCUUUUUUUUGGUAUAAAAACUUUGUGAAUGAGGGUUUGAGUUUUUUUAAUAAGUAAUACUCAUGUAUAAGAUAAAUGGUGAGUUUUGUUUUUAAUGUUGUAAUUUGUAAGAAGUCAAAAACCUGAGUACAGGGAUAGAGAGGAGAGUUGGCCUGUUUUGCUGGUGUAAUAGGUUUAACUUUACUGUAGCUAAAAUUAAAAGUACAUAAAAAUCAAAAGCUGAGAAGUGUAUAUGUCAAAUACAUCUGGUUCAUCUUUAAUUGGAUUAAAAACUCAGGUUCCACCUUGAGUUGAUCAUUUGUAAAAACUCUCCAGCUCACUGUCCCAUUACUCAAGUGAAUGACUCUAAGACCGUCUAAACCAAAUGUGUAAUGUUCAGUUUAUACAAUUUAUGGGCCCGAUGUUUUUUUAAAUACUCUUUUCCAAUACAACCUUGUUCUCCUCAGAUGUUUCCAGAGAGAUGCUUCCUCUGUAAGUGACCGUUAUAUUGUUUACAAAAUGAG